UAUACCCGGCAAAACAGGUUGUCUGGCCAAUUGCUGACUAGAACGUAUCUAAUCUGUGGGAAAACAACAAUAUUACUCAUAACAUACAGUACCAACGUGUCUUGGGGUUGGGAUUGAUUAGAAUGGGCAUUUUUAUUUCAGUUUUGUUUCGACUGUUUUCGAAAUGGGUCUCGCAAAUAUAGAAGAGCUCUAUGACGACUGUCUGUACCAUAUAUUUGCAUUUUUGCCCACUGAAGAUCGCAUUAUUUUCGCUCAAGUAUGCCAUAGAUUUCGUCAGCUUUUCAUAAGCCAAUGUGCUGCUAAAUACCGUGUGUAUACCCUCGAUAAGGACAGUUCCCGACUUGAGCUGAUACAAUUUUGUAUUUGUCGCGAGGCGGUCGAGUCCUUGACCAUUGAUCUGGAUCACUUUGAUACGGCCAGAUGUUAUAGAACCUAUGGAUGCGUAACUCCAGAAAACUGUUUUCAAAUUCUAUGCCAGACUUUGGCCGGAAUGAUAAGGCUAGAGCAUUUGGUAGUCAAGCAGGAAUCGAUGCUAGUUACACCCAUUGAAAAGCCCUUCGAUCAAAUAUUGACUGCCGUCAGACAUUCACCGAAGCUCAGAAGAUUGGAAGUUUGUGCUAGAGAUGACUGCAGUUUGGACCGUCUAAGCCAACAUUGCCAUCUCGAACACCUGCAGAUCCUCGUCCCGAAAAUUUCACUCUCUACUCUGGUGAAAUGUUGCAAGUCCAGUGGCAAUCUUCGCAGCCUGCAUCUGGGCUAUGCCUGCAUUCAGAAGAAUUUGAGCUACAUAGUGCCGCACUGCAAGAACCUGGAGGUGCUCAGGUUCGGCAUGCCCGCGAAUUCUUCAGAGUACUUGCAACUGGCUGGGCUACCGAAGCUCCGGGAACUAUCGUACUUUGGGAUUCGCAGAAGCGGCUUCUUUGAGCCACUACUAUCAGCACUGGCUGCCAAAUCGCAGUUGACACAUCUGUCCAUCGACGGAGGGAGUCUUACUCUGCAGGAGACAUGCCAGUUGGUCCGCAUCCAGAGCUUAAGGCACUUCAAGGGCUUCUGCUCAACGAGUGACUGUGUGGAGAUGCUGGGUUGUCUUGCCAAUCUGGAGGAGCUCUGCCUCUCGAUGUUCUGCCCAACGGAUGUUUCCAAUAAUCUUCUGCCAAUCAUUGCAAAAUGCAAAGAUCUGAAACUCCGAAUUGCAGGGGGCAAUGUCAAUGCAAAGUCCUUAAAAGAUGCUAUAAGCCUUAGGAAAUCUGAACCAGUUGUGUUAGUAGUUGAAAAAUAGAUCAAAAAGUUGCACUUCCUUUGUUACACUUACUCAGACAGCAACUAACCAAAUUUAAAGCGUUUUAGGUAGUUCAAAUGAGUAACUUUAUCGAAUUAGAGAUUAAAAAGUGCACUUUAAGUGCAUGGAAACGCUUUCGUUAAAAGUUGUAAUCUGUCGUUAUACAAGAUAAUACAU